AUGGCUGGCUCGAAGGAUCGUAUCCUCAACAAGGCGCAAGUGGCGGCGGUUGGCGCCAUCCUGCGGGAUGAAUUUGGGCCCAUCGUUGCGACAUUAGACCCCCAGUUUACGGGUUACGCUGCCGUCUCGCUUUGGGCUUCCGUGCGUCAAACUCGCCUCUUCGAGGAGAACCCGGUCUUUUAUGCGACGGCGAGAUUUGGAAGGUCUCAAUCUCCUGUCGGCAGGGCAGUCGACCGGAAGUUCCGCAAUUAUUAUCGCAGAUUGCGGUCUGCCCACGCAAAUGCCCUUGCCGAAAAUCAAGAUUGA